AUGAAGCUUUACACACUAACGACGAUCGGGAUCGGUGUCUCAAAUGCUGCGCCUGGAAUGUGGGAACAAUGUCGGUCGCAGAAUGGUACCGAAAUUGAAUGUGAUAAAGGACUCGCUUGUGUGCCGGACGUCGAGCACUUUGGCCUCUGCUACUUGAAAGUUGUGGAGGAGUCGGGUCAGUGUGGAGGGCUGGGCUGGAAUGUGAGUUGCGUGAACGGGACUACGUGUUCGCGCCAAAAUAAAGGAUGGGCCUCGUGCGAAUCGACUGGAGAUCAUGACUACCCGUCAGCCGAGUGGCAGCAAUGCGAUCCUCAAGACAGUGGCAACGCGUGCGCAGAUGAUCUGAUCUGCGUGGAUGACGACGAUUAUCAUGGUUUGUGUGUCAAGGAAGUAGCCGAACCUUGGGGACAAUGCGGUGGGUCUGGCUGGACCACCGACUGUGAGAAUGGAAGUUCGUGCAAGGUCAAGACUGUCACUUAUAGUCAGUGUGUUCUAGAAGACCCCCAGGCUGAAGAAACUUCAUCAGAAAACAGUUCCUUAAUGUAAGAAGACCAAGCUGCGUCAAUUCAACAUCUCGGGGCACUUGCCGUGUUUGUCGAC